GGUGGAAGGACCGUUACUGUCCCACAUCGAGGCUGGAUCCGGAGGGAGGGAGACGAGAGGAAAGGAUUUUAGCAGGGGACAGAGAGACAGGAAGAGGAAGGGGAAGGGGAUCGAUUUGGCGGUCGAUGCAGGAGUGAGGGGAGAUUUGGACGAGAGGAGCCAUGGCGGCCCACAGCUCGCUGCUCGCCUCGCCUCGAGCAGCGAACAAUUUGCGCGCGCUGGGAGGGUGUUUGUUGUUGGGCCGGGCUGCGUGUCACGGUUCGGCUGCUGCUGCUGCUGCUGGUCGCUCGGUGCGCAUUGUUCGAAGGAUUUCUUCCGUGCGCCAGCUUUCGUCUCCAUGGAGUCGCCUCAGCGUGCUCGGAGUGCCGCCUCCUCUUGUGGACAUGGAAAUUGUCAAGGAGCGCGCUGGGAGACGACGUGCUCUGAGCUGUGCUGCUGUGAGCCGAGCUGGAUUGAGCGAGUCUGCUGUCGAAAUUUCCGAAAAGAAACCUCAAGCCAACAUCAGUCCUCCUACCUUCCAGCAAGCAAUUCAGCGCCUUCAGGAAUAUUGGGCUUCAAUGGGAUGUGCAGUGAUGCAGUCAAGUAACACUGAGGUGGGAGCCGGAACUAUGAAUCCAGCCACAUUUUUGCGAGUUCUCGGACCCGAACCGUGGAAUGUUGCCUAUGCGGAGCCAAGUAUUAGACCCGAUGACAGCAGAUAUGGGGAGAACCCCAACAGAGUACAACGCCAUACUCAAUUCCAGGUUAUACUGAAGCCUGAUCCUGGGAACUCACAGGAGCUGUACCUAGGAAGUCUUGCUGCUCUUGGAAUCGAUAUCAAGGCGCAUGAUGUACGGUUUGUCGAAGAUAAUUGGGAAAGCCCGGUUCUUGGGGCUUGGGGCUUAGGCUGGGAGGUUUGGAUGGACGGAAUGGAGAUUACCCAGUUCACGUACUUUCAGCAGGCUGGAAGCUUGCCCCUAACUCCAGUAUCAGUGGAGAUCACUUACGGUCUGGAGCGAAUUUUGAUGUCUCUUCAGGGUGUUGAUCACUUUAAGAAGAUACAGUAUGCCCCUGGAAUAACAUACGGAGAGCUCUUUUUGGAGAAUGAGAAGGAGAUGAGUGCUUACAACAUGGACCUCGCAAAUGUCGAGAGGAUACAGAAGCGAUUUGAGCUUUACGCUGAAGAGGCUCAAGAUCUACUAGCACAGGGCUUAGCUAUACCUGCGUAUGAUAAUGUUUUGAAGACAUCGCAUGCCUUCAACCUUUUGGAUGCUCGAGGUGCUGUUGGAGUUACAGAAAGAGCCAGAUUCUUCGGUAGAAUGCGCGCGCUGGCACGCCAAUGUGCCCAACUAUGGGUGGAGACUCGCGAGAGACUGAAUUAUCCGAUGGGAGUGUGGGAAGAGUCGCCAGCAUUAUCUCACCCAUCUGUGGACCAAAAAGCUUCUCAGAUUGAUACUCCUCAGACUUUUGUACUUGAAAUUGGAUCUGAAGAGCUUCCUCCCCAAGAUGUUGUCAGCGCUGUUUCUCAGUUAGAAGCAGCCAUACCGCAGUUCUUGAAAAGCAGGAGACUCCAACACGGAAGGGUUUCAGUAGACGGAACUCCUCGCCGGCUUGUGGUGAUAGCUGAGGAUCUGGCUCCACGACAAGAUGACGAGGAGAAGGAGAUGCGAGGACCCCCGGCAACGAAGGCCUUUGACAAGGACGGAAAGCCGACAAAGGCCGCUGAAGGCUUCUGCAAGAGGAAUAAUGUGACAGUGGAGGAACUUGUCGUUAAGAUAGAUGGGAAGACGGAGUAUGUGUAUGCUGUUGUCAAGGAGCAAAGCAGACCGACCUUGGAGGUGUUGGCUGCGGAUCUCCCUGAGAUAAUCUCCAACCUUUCUUUUCCCAAGACCAUGCGGUGGAACUCACAGGUUGCGUACAGCAGGCCUUUGAGGUGGAUAGUAGCAUUGUUCGGUGAUACACUGGUACCGGUUUCUUAUGCUGGAGUCAAUAGCGGCCACACCUCACGAGUGCUACGCAAUGCAUCUCAACCAACGAUUCAGGUCGAAAGAGCAGGAGAGUACGUCAGUUCAAUACAGCAGGCUGGCAUUGUUCUCAACAUGGAGGAACGUCGAGAAAGCAUUUGGGCCAAGAGUAGUAUUCUAGCCGCAAGCAUAAAUGGUUGUAUCCCUGCGGAAGCUCGUGGCAGUCUUCUCGAUGAGGUUGCCAACUUAGUGGAGUCCCCGGCACCACUUAUUGGACGAUUUGAUCCGGCCUUUUUGACCCUUCCAGCAGAUGUUUUGACGACAGUGAUGCGCAAGCAUCAGCGCUAUUUUCCUGUGGUUAGUGAAGCUACUGGACAACUCCUACCAGCCUUCAUAGCUGUUGCCAAUGGAAAAAUUGAUGAAGAUAUUGUUCGCAAAGGCAAUGAAGCCGUUCUAAGGGCCAGGUACGAGGAUGCAAGAUUUUUCUAUGAAUCAGAUACAUCAAAGAAGUUGGCGGACUUCCGCCCACUUUUGAAGGGCAUAACAUUUCAGGAAAAGCUGGGCUCAAUGCUUGAUAAGAGUAUGAGGGUUGAGAAGAUGGUGCGGUCCUUGGGAUUGGCUAUGGGUCUCGAUGAAUCCAGUAUAGCUACCGCUCAAGAAGCAGCUCCCCUGGCUUCUGCGGACUUAGCUACUGCCAUGGUCAUGGAGUUCACGAAUCUGGCGGGCAUCAUGGGCAGGCACUAUGCCUCAAAGGAAGGCUACAGCAGUGCAGUCCAAGAGGCCGUUUUCGAGAGCGUCCUUCCACGAUACGCUGACGACAUUCUUCCGCAUUCAGACGCAGGUGUCCUCCUGGCCGUUGCAGACAGGUUGGACAGUUUAGUUGGCCUUUUCGCUGUGGGUUGUCAACCAACGGCAUCAGCAGAUCCAUUCGGGAUGCGCCGCAGUGCCUAUGGCCUGGUUCAAGCCCUUGUGGAGAAUGACAAGAAUCUGAACCUCGAUAAAGCUGUGAAGAUAGCAGCCGAUACCCUGCCUAUGCCUGUUCCAGAAUCAACAUUGCAAGAGGUAUCUACUUUUGUAACUCGAAGAUUUGAACAGCUUCUGAUUGAUGAUGGUGCGAAUGUGGAGUUAGUACGCUCUGUCCUCUCCGAACGUAGCAGUAUACCAACUCUUGCCGCCCGCUCUGUAUCUCAAAUGGAGGAAUUGGCGAAAGGAGAUGUGUUGUCGAAAAUUGUGGCAGCAUAUGCCCGGCCUACCAGGAUUGUUCGUGGGAAAGAAAUAGAUCCUUCUUGGCAGAUCGAUGAGACCUACUUUGAAGUCGAGGAAGAGAAAGCCUUGUGGGAUGCGUACAAUCAAACAGCAGCUCUUCUUCAUGAAGGUGUUGGAGUUGAUGUAUUUUUCGAGGCCUCCCUGAAGUUGGUGGAUCCAUUGGAGGCAUUUUUUGACAAAGUCUUUGUCAUGGCGGACGACGAACGACUACGGAACAACAGAUUAGUUUUGCUGAAGAGAGUUGCUAGUUUACCCAAGGGCAUUGCAGAGCUGUCAAUGUUACCAGGAUUCUGAUGUCGUCAACUGUGUACCAUAGCAUUAAACCGCAAGCUGGACGGCCGUAUGUUGACCAAAACCAGUACAUGUCUGGGGCCUCUGGGGCCAGUCCUCCUACCUCGUGAAAGAUGAAUUCGGUCAUUAUCCAUUCUUCUGGAUUCUUGUAAAAGUAGGGUACCCGUGGACCUUAGAGGUUUGAUCAAGGGCAUGGUCAAUCAAUCAUGUGGUGUUCCAAGAGUUGGAACCCACUUCACAACUUGACUGCUUGAACCUCUGUUCUCAGUUCCGUAGAAACGCAGAAGUUUGCUUAGAGCGAGAUUGACUCAUGCACCUUAUAUGAUGUAAAGAGGUGCCUCUUGAGAAAAUUCAGCAGUUGGGUGGGACGUAUACUUUGGGCAAGAUAGAGCUGAGCUAUGAAAUCGCUCAAUUUGGUCGAUGUAAGAAGCUUCAUAAAUUUGUCCAGUGUGUUUGACGUGAUUGAUACCUUGCCCAGGUAAGGAAUUGUACUUUGGGCAAUAUUCUAGUUUGUGAUGUAAAUUCACUGUCCUCCACUCUCACUAC